CACAGGUGGCCGGCCGGCGGCCGCCCGCCUGCCGCUGUGGGAACUCGCGGGGCUGCGACUUUCCCACGAUCGGCGCACACCUGGCCCGCUUAUAUAACCGCCAGCGCGGGCGGCGCUCCGGCUCAUUCUCGCUCCGGCAGCCGUGGCGUGAGCAUCUACUACUGUACACUCGCUGGCAGUACCCUCUCUCUCGUGUGUUCGGUGCUCCGCGUACUCGUCAGCCCGUUGUGCAGUCUCGGUACUUAGCGAGUUUUUGACGUUGGUGCUUUCUUCGCUGUGCAACCCUGGAUUUCGACACUUCUGAAGGCAUGAUGGCAACCGAGAUGGAGCAGUUGCAGCCGAUUUCGAGAACUUACCAGUACAGGAAGGUUAUGAAACCGAUGCUCGAACGGAAACGUCGAGCGCGUAUCAACAGGUGCCUGGACGAGCUGAAGGAGCUGAUGGUCGGCGCCCUGCAGGCCGAGGGCGAGAACGUCAGCAAGCUGGAGAAGGCCGACAUCCUGGAGCUGACGGUGCGCCACCUGCGGCGCCUGCGACGCGAGCAUCGCCUGGCGGCCAGCCCCGUAACUGACUCGGACCGCUUCCGCGCCGGCUACACGCGCUGCGCCGCCGAAGUCUCGCGCUGCCUCGCCGCGACGCCCGGCGUCGACGUGAGUCUCGGCACGCGCCUCAUGACGCACCUCGGCCACCGCCUCAACCAGAUGGACAAGACGGCGCCGCUGUCCGUGGUCGUGCCCGGCCAGGCGUCGCCCUCGCCCUCCCCCGUCGCCAGCGACGCCGACGUCGACAUCGACGUCGACGCCGACGUCGACGGCGACGCGUCUUCCUGCUCCGAGAUGGAGGCGGCGUCUUCGACGAGCUCCGGCGCGCCCUCUCCCGUGACGUACGCCAUGCCGCUGACGCCCGCGUCUUCCACCUCUUCGCGGCAGUCCGACUCGCCCGGCGUCGUCGUCACGGAGACGGCGUCUUCCGCGCCCGCGGGACUCCUCCGGGUAGCCGACGUCACCGUCCCUCGGCAAGUGUCCGUCAUCACCAGCAAGGCUUCCGAGCCCGUCUGGAGGCCGUGGUGAAUCGCUUCGCCAACGUCCCAUCUCACACCCCAGUGUGACACAGUACAAUUGUCAAUUAAUGGAGCACGCUUCUGUGUGCUGCACUUUGUAACAUAUGACUGCCAUAAAUCUUUCACUAGGUUAAGCGACUGAUUGUCGGGAGCAAUAAUAAGGUGCCUGUAAAAUAUUAAUAGACUGAGGCCAAAUCUCUAUAUGUAUGUUUUCAAUUAAUUUUUUUAGAAGACUGUUAAAAAGCUAGGGAGGGGCAUGAGAUACUGCUCAAAAUUAUUGCCGGAAUUGUGCACUGAUUAGCCUGUAAUGUAGUGUGAACAAUGGACACGUUGGUCACUCUUACUUUGUCAAAAUACUCUGCAUAAUUUUUUAAAAAUUUUAAUUCGUAUCUUUAAAUUUGUUCUAGAAUUACAUACGUCUUUGCGUCUGCAGAGUUUUUCCAUUGUUAUUUGACAUAUUUACUAAACCACGCAAAACUUUUAUGUAAUUUUAAUAAUAUUUCAGUUACUACUUAACUGUCGUGGCCACACUUUGUGUACGACGAAUAUUUUCGAGCACUUUCAUCAUAUUCUUUCAUUUGUGAUUUAUAAUCAGAAAGACACUGAAUUCAAAAGUUUUUGUAGCUUUUACGUUAAGAACUUCAAUGCCAUUGCAAGAGACUGGAAACAAGCUGUAAAAAAAUAAGCAGACAGAUUCUGUUAUUACUAGUUUUUUCAUAAGCCAAUUUUUAAUACCGUAUUUUUUACUAGUGAUCAUUUUCGUUAAUAUACUUUGCACUGAAUCUCGUAUGGUUUCCAUGAGUCUAAUUCUGAUCCUAGUAACAGAUUUUAAUUUUUUUUUCUAGCUAUUAUAUUAAGAAAUUGUUAAGCACUGUACGGGAAUGCUAAACAUUGCAUUACAUCUUCUCAGUCUAAUUAAGGCUUUUGUACUGGGUGCAAGUGUUAUGGUAAAAGCAGAUCAUGUUUUUUCUUAAAUUUGUUUUUAUUGUAUGUGGUAUGAAGGAUCUCAUGUGUUGUUGUUAUGUAGCAUAGCUUUAAUACGUAUUACUGCACUGCGUCAAAUCUUUUUGUGCUGCGCCAGAGAGCAGUAUUGUGAUAUUUGUGUACCUGUGAUAUUUGACGAAAAAGUCGGAACAAUUGUGAUCGACUUAUUAGCAAGACUGUAUGUCGUUAUGUGAUUGUUGGUUAACUGGUGUGUUGCAAACAAAGAAUUUUGUAUUACAAAGUAAUCUGUGAUACAAUGAUGAAAAUAUAAAUUAAUACUAGAAUUUA